AUGGUUUCAGCUCAAUUCCAGAAGGGAUAUCGGAAUCGGUCACUACCCAGAUCAAACAGAAACCCCACUUUCAAAAAGGAUUUAAUCGUUGAUUCCAUCAGACAUCAAAUGGCUGUUGUUGAAAAUGCUCAUAGCAUCAACGUUGUAGCCUCAGAUGUCGAUCAGUCAACAAAAUCAUCCUAUACCAACAACAACAACAACCGUAACCCUGUUUCCACCAUGUCUUACCGAUCAAACGAUUACCACCAGCAUCACCACCAGCAACAGCAGCAGCUACAGAAGGUGACGUCACUACAGCCGCCGUCGACCACCAACGGCAACAUCAACGGCAAUGGUUAUGUCGGCGAUGAUGAUGGUGGAGAUGGGUUUAAGAAAGAAAUGAGCGAUUUGGAAGAAAUGCUGUCAAAACUUAACCCUAUGGCUGAAGAAUUUGUCCCCCAUCAAAGACUUCGACUCCUGCCAUCAUCUCCUCCCCAAUUUGGUUAUGCCGCUGUUAACAAUUUCUUAGUCCACACUAACACCGCUGCUUUCGCUAAUGGCACUCCCACCACCACUAGAAGGAAGGGUAAUUUCAGUGGUAAGAGAAGAAUCAACAGCCGUACUAGUAUGGCACAAAGAGAUGAUGUGAUCAAGAGAACAGUUUAUGUGUCUGACAUCGAUCAACAGGUGACCGAAGAACAGCUUGCAGCUCUCUUUGUUAACUGUGGACAGGUUGUGGAUUGUCGUGUAUGUGGUGACCCAAAUUCUGUUCUUCAUUUUGCCUUCAUAGAAUUUACUGAUGAGGAAGGUGCAAGGAAUGCAUUGUCUCUUGGUGGAACUAUGCUUGGGUACUAUCCUGUUAGGGUUUUGCCUUCAAAAACAGCGAUUGCACCAGUGAAUCCAACUUUUUUACCCCAGUCUGAAGACGAGAGGGAAAUGUGUGCAAGAACCAUUUACUGUACUAACAUUGAUAAGAAGGUCACUCAAGCAGAUGUCAAACUCUUUUUUGAAACACUAUGUGGCGAGGUUUACCGCUUGAGGUUGCUUGGGGACUAUAAUCAUUCCACUCGUAUUGCAUUCGUUGAGUUUGUGAUGGCUGAAAGUGCAAUUGCAGCUCUGAACUGCAGUGGUGCGGUGUUGGGAUCCUUGCCAAUAAGGGUGAGCCCUUCAAAGACACCAGUUCGCCCACGUGCACCACGAUCAACUAUGCACUGAUUUAGGUUUUUAGAAGGAUCUAUUUAUUAUCUUUAUUCUCUACUUCUCUACUUAUACAAAUGCAUAGAUACAGAGAAACUGUUGAAACGCCUUCAUGCCAUUUUAUGUUUCUAGUUCCUGUCUGAUGCAUCGAGUCCAAGUAUAUUUUUAUGCUUCGUGAGACUCUGUUAACCUUUUAGUUAAUCGCAUGUUGUUAUUUUAAGUUA